AUGCUCUCGCUAUGUUCCCACUGGCGGAAGACUUUCACUUUUUGUUGCGUUUGGAACAUCAUCAAUCAAUUCUCGAAAUCAGUGGUGGCAUGUAAUUCACAGAGAAAACCUACAUCUCAGCCUAGUAGUAACAUUGUUUUCCAGACACGGUCCCAAAAACUGCGCACUAUAGGUGUGGAAGAAGUGCUCUUGUUCAAAACUAUGAUUGGUCUGCGACAUUACAGCGCACAGCGACCUUUACCGCGAAGGAUCGCUUCGAGACUAAUGAGACCACCCGCUGGCAUUCCCCGAGCAUCUGGCUGGAAACUGUAUAUGUCGCACAUAACUGGGACUGUGAAACCGCGAAUGACAGAACUACAGAAUGAGAUUAUGGCAGCUGUGGAUGUUUUAGGAAGUAAGAACCAAUCGGUAGUAAAAGAUGAGAUCAAUCAGUGGCAUUUCCACAAUGAUCAGGCCCCAAUCAAAACUCCCACUCUCCUUAUACAUGGGUAUGCAGCGUCAUCAAUGGCGUUCCACAGGAAUUUCUCCGGGCUUUCCCGGCAAAUUCAGGAUCUAUACGCUAUUGACCUGCCAGCUAACGGACUAUCGCCGUCCCAGGAGCUCGACAUCAAAUACCCGGAGCCUCUAGCUCUAAAGGUGAACAUAAAGGCAGAUAAGUUUCAGAUUCCCUACACAAUCGAGUAUCUUCCCCACAAGUGUCUGGUGCAGAACCUAGAGGACUACUACCUCGACGCACUGGAGCAAUGGCGCCACGAUAACGGACUGGGGGCCAUCAACAUAGUCGCGCACUCGUUUGGCGGCUACCUGUCCUUCAAAUACGCCAUCAAAUAUCCGCAGGCCGUUAAGAAGCUCUGCCUGAUCUCUCCGCUGGGUGUAGAGCGCAACGUAUUCUCAGUAAACAACCAUUGGAGAAGUAACACUGAAUAUCAGCUGAAUUUUGAAGACCCGGCUUCCAAGUUGUAUCUUCCGCAGAGACCUGCGAUUCCAAACACAAUUUUCGAAUCUCAGACGAAACUGCUGAGGAACUUGGGACCCCUAGGCGCCAAGCUGUGCUGGAACUACAUUGCAUCGGCCUACUCUCGCACCCCAAGCCUUAGCUACAAGAAGUACGUUUUCGAGAUGUUCUACGGCAAAGAUGGCCUGAGCCAGAUUUCCAAGGACGUCUUCACAGGUCUCUUCACCAACCGUUUGUUGGCUAAAGACCCGUUGUUGGACUGUCUUGUGCAUCUAAAGGCUGACGACCUACUGCUACUGUAUGGAGAUCAUGAUUGGAUGAAUCGUAGAGCAGGCUUUGAGCUGACCCGCGAAGCAGAGGCCAUGGGCAUAGACGCCAACUAUAGCGAGGUUUCAUCUUCGGGCCAUAACCUCUUCCUCGACAACCCCGAAGAGUUUAACCAGCGCGUUUUACAAUUCAUAGCUUCUUAG